AUGCAGCGGUCGAAGGCUUCGGAGGCGUCGGAGGCCGCGGAAACCGCCUCGGAGGCUGCGGAGGUGAGGGGGAGGGGGCGAGCUGGGCUCGUGCGGCGGAGGCCCCGCAGCGCCACCGCCAAGGCGGCCGCCAGAACUGCAGAAGCAGCGGUCGAUGGCUGCGGAGGCGUCGGAGGCCGAGGAACCCGCCUCGGAGGCUGCGGAGGCGAGGGGGGAGGCGAUGAGCUGGGCGCGUGA